AUGACACCUAAAGCCUUGACCCGAGAGACGACAACUGGCGCUGCGCUGGAGAAGGUCCAGGGAGCCAUCCAGAGCCCAGCGACAGAGGUUAUUCCCAAACCGCCUUCUGACCUCGAGGAACUCAAGGCUGAUUGUGAUUCAUUUACUUUCACAUCAUUCACCACAGAGGAUGCAUUUGUGCUGGGCAACCUUCUCUACGCCCGUCUUUACCCAUACGCUAUCAAAGGCAAGCCGACGGUGAUCUCAAUUGCCCUUGCAAACACCUCCCAGGUUGUCUUCCAAACCGUUACCGGACCUGGCACAGCUCCCGACAACGAGCAAUGGGUUCGUCGCAAGAGGAACACUGUUCUCCGAUUCGGCAAUAGUACAUGGUUCAUGCACAACAAGUUCAAGGGGGACGAGGUUGCUUUCGCUGCCAAAUAUGGUAUUGCAGAUUCAAACAAGGGUGACUACGCAAUCCAUGGUGGAGCUAUCCCGAUUCGUGUCCAGGGAGUUGAAGGGAUCGUUGCUGUUGUCGUGGUGAGCGGGCUGAAGCAAGACGAGGACCAUGGAGUUAUUGCCGACGUUAUCAAGAACACAACUAUCUCGACGGCGACCAUGAACACGGCGAAAUGGAGGAUCUCAAAGGCUUGUCAAGAAUGUCGCGCCAAGAAGAUCAAGUGCAAUGGGGAGAUCCCCUGUCAAAACUGCAGCAUGAGAAAUCUCAGUUGCGUCUAUCGCGAAAAGGCCCGUAAUCGGACGCGCAAGGUCAAACCACGAACCGCAGCUUAUGAGACUAUCAUGUCUCACGAUACCAUGGAGAGCACGUCUCUGGAACCCUCCGAUGAAGGGACUGUGCCGCCUACGCCAAAUGCCGACGACACCGCAUCUGUCGGUCCUACAGGAUCAGUAAUGGACAGCGAACGCAGUUUGACACAUAAUAGUGUUGCUGCGACACAUCGCGCAUCACCGUCUUGUUUCCUCCAGCUCUACUAUGGCCCCUCAUCAAAUUUCGCCCUACUCAACUCAAUCUAUCACCAAAUAGCAGGGACAUGCCCAAAUGAUCCUCCGUCACGCUCUGGAACUGUCGAAGAAGUUGGUCCGGGUCUAGACCUAUUCAGUCAUCGGAGACUAUUUUUCGGAGAUUUGGCUGACAACCAACGGCCAUCUUCAAUACCAGACGACUGUUCAGCUAUGUUGAUUGAUCCAGAUACUGCUCAUCGGCUACUCGAGAGAUAUCUUCUGACCUAUUGGCACGGUCUUCCUAUCAUGAGUAAAGACCAUUACCGCCGUCGCUUAAGUGCCCUAUAUCAACCCCCGGGUAUCUUUGAUUAUGAUGCACCAGAGACCAUCAUAAUCAUGCUGGCUGUAGGUCUGGGAGCUUCAAUGACAGGCGAAGAAGCCAUUGCAGAUUUUCUUUUUCAGAAAACCAAGCAAGGAGUUGCCAAAUUGGACGAGGUUGUGAACAUGCAGAUGCUUACAAAAUCUCACGCUCACUUUCAAUCUGAAAGAGCAAGACCAAACUCGGGUUUCUUGCAUGUCGGAACUGCAUGCCGAAAAGCAGUAGCGGCUGGUCUACACAAGGAUGGAUGCUCACGUCCAGGAUACACAGAAGAUGAUACAAAUCAGCGAAGAAUAACCUUCUGGAGUUUAUUCUUCUGGGAAACAUGGCAAUGCUUUGUUCUUGGCCGACCUAGCUCGCUUCCGGACCCCGGUUCCAUCAUACCACUACCGAAAGGCCAAAAACUACUAAAGUCUUUGGUCACUCUAUCACGUAUCAUGGACAAAUGUGUAAAGAAGAUAUAUAGUCCACGGCAUGACUCUCUGUUGCCAGUCUGGAAUGCAGCCAUCGAGAUCCGCCGCGAACUACAUCAGUUUGCAGAGCAACAACUCAAGGAUAUGAAGUUUGGUCUUGUUGGAGACCCCAGCACAGGAGAGCUCGGCGUGUGCCAAGCUAUGGUUUCAACAAUGUAUCAUCAUACACUCCUAUUAACAUUCCGCCCCUUUCUCAUUUUACGAGCAAAACUGAAUCACGACCGUGCUGCUGCUACUUCAGCAGAGAAUCUACAGAUGCCUCCGCCUUGGCUCGAUAGCGCUUGCGAGUACUGCUUGGAAGCAGCAAGGAAUUCUGUUGGCUUCUUAACAGGCUCGUGUGCCACUAAUAUUCUUUGUCGUGUACGCUUAUCUCCCUUCCACUCGGAGUCAGAAUCAGCUAACAAACGUCAGGAUAUAAAGUAUCAUGGCUUCUUUAUGGAGGGAGCAUGCUAUGCUUUGGCUUUCGAUAUGCUGCAAGAAAAGAAGACAGCCCACCGCAAUCUGCCCUGGAUUCACUCUGGCCUUAGAUGCCUUCGCUCCAUGAUGGGAUCAGCAGGAGUAAACGCCGGUCAGCUUCCAAUAACAAUCGCCUCAAUAGAGCAGAUGGUCCGAUCUGCCGGGUUCGAACUGAAAGACCCAGUAGACACGAACCAGCAGAAACAGACCCCACAGUCCACGCUCCCUGGUUCACCAGCACCUGUCUCUGUUGCAGGUGGUAUGAGGAGCGAGCCUGCGUUCACCUUCCCUUCCAUGCCAUUCGGAUUUGAUGUCACUGGCCAGAUGAAUGGCUGUUCGAGCUCUCCUGCAGGCACUGCAUCGGAAGAGAUGGCAGAUUUUACAGCUGCUGAUGUUGGAUGGGAUAUUGAUUUUGGAACUAUGAAUAUGGAGGCGUUUUUGUCUCUCGACUCGGCGGAGGCUUUCAAUUUUGCACCAUGA